AAGUCCAUCUGGGAAUUCAUCCAGGACACACCCGACCUGAGCCAGCUCAAAAAGGUGCUCAAGUACGCAGGCAAGGGCAGCAAAGAGCUGCUCGACGACAAGGAAAAGAAGAUUACCUUCUUUGCCCCGCUCAAUGUCGAGAGGAAGCACAGGGCCAUGGAGGUGAUGGAGCAUGGUGACCCAAUGGAGCACGUCGCCGCAUGGGACCGCAUCGUCCGUGAGGUGGACGACAUCGAGGCUUCCAAGAAGGGCGAUGAUGGUGACGACGACGAAGACGACGACGACGAAAGGAAGAAGCGUAGACGCAAGAUCCUCGCCUUCCUCAUCGACGCCACUAUCCGCUACCACGUCGUUGACUCGGCCAAGCCGCUGACGGCCUGGGAGCUGGCGCAAAACAGCACCGUGGCCUCGCUGCUCAAGGUACACGGCGAGCGGACGAGGGAGGUGGUGGGGAACCUUCUCGACGGGGAGCCGUUCCGGGUCCGCGUCGGCAAAGUCAUCCUGCCCCGCUGGUCCGUUGUGCUCAACGGCUACAGCCCCAUCGUCUACCGCGACGUCGAGGUCGGCGGCUCUCUCGUCCAUGGAGUGCGCUACCCACUGUUGAUCCCUCCCAGCACGCUCCAGGCCCUUUUCUACGGCCAAGCCACGUUCAGCACCCUGACGAGUGCCGCGCAGAAGGUCGACGUGGACACAUACCUCAAGAUUCCCUUCAACCACAGCGCUGUCCACCACCACCAUCACAACAAGGGCGGCUCCGACAAGAGCCUCGGCCUGGUGCGCGCGCUGGAAAAGGAUCACGAGACGCACCCGCCCGCACACGCCCACGGCCUCGAGGCGCUGACGCUGUUUGCGCCGGGCAACCUCGCCUUCCUCCGCCUGCCCGCGGGGCUGAAGCUGUUCCUCUUUUCGCCCUUUGGCUCGCGCGUGCUGCAAAAGGUGCUGGCCUUCCACACGCUGCCCCGUACCGCCUUCUUUGCCGAUGCCGUCUACGGCGUGCCGGGCGUCAAGGCCGCGCAGGACGAGACGCGAGACGCCGCCGAGGUGGCCGCCCUCUUUGGCGAGGCGGCCGGAUGGGGAGGCCCGGCCAAUGUGACGCGCUUCAAGUUUGACACGGCGCUGCCCAAGCUGCGCUGCCACAAGCACAAGCACGGCGACGAGGCCUCGGUCUCAAAGAAGAAGCCAGAGUUUGAGCAGGUCGACGUCGAGGUGUUCCGCUACUACCCGCUGCCGGGCGGCAAGGGGCCCUUGCAGACGCGCAUCGCCGUCGAGGGUGUCCCCGUCGUCUUCCAGGACAUCUCGACGGCCAACGGAGCGGCGCACCUCAUCGAGCGCUUCAUCGUGCCCAAGAGCCUGCGCCACGGCCACGGCCACGACGAUGAUGACGAAGAUGCAAGCUCUUAUUCGAUCUGGCACCACGUCGUCGACGAGGCCGAGCGCGCCGGCUACGGCCGCUUCGAUCUC